UCAAAAACCACAUCAAUCCAGUACACCUCAACUUCAAACCAUGGCUUCCAGCGAUCAAUCACCGGCUCCAACGCCAGUCAAAGGCGGAGAUCAGCCAAACCCCCCGGGACAGCCGAUGUCCGCGGAACAACACAUGCUGGACAAGGGAGCACAGAUGUUGCAGUCAUUGAAACCAAUAAAACAAAUGAGCCAGCAUGUUUGUACCUUUGCUAGUUAUAGCCAUGACAUGACUCGUCAGAUCGAAAUUCACCACUAUGUCACCAGACUCAACCAGGAUUUCCUUCAGUGCGCUGUAUACGAUUCCGAUGACAAGAAUGGCCGUCUCAUCGGAGUGGAAUACAUAGUUUCAGAUCGGAUAUUUGAAUCUUUGCCACCUGAAGAACAGAAGCUCUGGCAUUCCCAUGCUUACGAGGUCAAAUCAGGUCUGUUGGAUCAUCCCAGAGUUCCAGAAAUGGUGGUGAAACCGGAACUGGAAAAUUUAGCCAAAACGUAUGGCAAGUUUUGGUGCACAUGGCAAGUGGAUAGAGGCGAUAGGCUUCCAUUAGGAGCGCCUGCAUUGAUGAUGUCACCACAGGCAGUGAACUUGGGCAUGGUUUCUCCAGCCCUGAUUGAGAAAAGGGAUUACAAGUAUAAUAUAUUGACAGAUGCUAUAAAGAACUCGAGGAUUGAGAUUGCAGAGCCAGAGUGGAUCAAUCCUCAGGCAGAUUACUGGAAGCAGAAUGGGAAAGGUUUUGCCAUUGACAUUGAAAGGACUGAAAUGAAAUUGAGGGCACCUUUUCCAUGAUCAUAUAUAUGCAGAUUUUGUGUUUAUAAAGUAAAAAACCAAUAUGGAUAGUGUCAGUGUGGAUAUCAGGAUGUAUAGGUGGUUGCUUGUUUUUUGGUUUUGGUGUUUUUGGAAGUAGAAUCCUCUAUAUACAUGUUCUAAAAAUGGUCUUAAUUACGUAAAAUACGUGUUUAAUUAAUAUGUAUUCGUUACUGAAUGCUACUGUACUUUAUGGAAGCCAGAGUUAUGGAGCAAUGUUAUUUCUUGAGCAGAGUGACUUUUCUGAAA